CAUGCAGAAUACAAACCAAGCUAUGUCCGGAAUCGCUCUAUCCGUUCUGUAUCUGUUGAGCUGGAUGGAACCAUUUAUAACUUGGGUUUAGAGGAUGGAUACCAACCAAGAAACAUCACCAAGCGGCACAAGAUGCAUAGGGCUGUUCUUCGUGAGGAGGAAGACAAAGACGUGGGGGAAUACAGUGGCACUGGUGGAAUUGCAGAGUAUACAGCCCCUAAUCUAAUAAAAGUGACUCACAGGUGCUAUAUCCUGGAGAAUGAUACCGUUCAGUGUGACACAGAUCUGUACAGGUCACUGCAAGCUUGGAAGGACCAUAAACUUCAUAUUGACCAUGAGAUUGAAACUUUGCAAAAUAAAAUAAAAAACCUGAGGGAGGUGAGAGGUCAUCUGAAGAAGAAGCGACCUGAAGAGUGUGAUUGUAACAAGAUAAGUUACCAUUCAAAACACAAAAGCAAACUGCGGCACAAGGGAUCUAGUCUUCAUCCUUUCAAGAAAGCCCUACAGGAGAAAGACAGGCUGUGGCUGCUUCGAGAGCAAAGACGAAAGAAGAAGCUGCGCAAACUGCUUAAGAGAAUAAAAAAUAACGACACAUGCAGCAUGCCUGGUCUGACCUGCUUCACCCAUGACAACCAACACUGGCAAACCGCUCCCCUGUGGACACUGGGCCCUUUCUGUGCCUGUACCAGUGCCAACAACAACACGUACUGGUGUCUGAGGACUAUCAACGAGACCCACAACUUCCUGUUUUGUGAAUUUGCUACUGGAUUUUUGGAGUAUUUUGAUCUCAAUACCGAUCCGUAUCAGCUAAUUAAUGCAGUGAAUACACUAGACAGAGACGUUCUCAAUCAACUGCAUGUCCAGCUCAUGGAACUAAGGAGCUGCAAAGGGUAUAAGCAAUGCAAUCCAAGAACUAGGAACAUGGAUCUGGGACUUAAAGAUGGAAGCUACGAGCAGUACAGGCAGUUUCAGCGUCGAAAGUGGCCAGAUGUGAAGAGACCAUCAUCUGCCAAGUCACUAGGACAACUGUGGGAAGGAUGGGAGGGCUAACCUCCCCCAACCGCUGCACCUCCACGAGGAUACAAACUGGCCAGAACUUGAAUCCAUGUACAGACUAAAGGAAAAUGGGUAUGACUUCAGAAAGAAUUACAAUGUUAGCCUGGAGGACUGGAUAAGCUUUGAGGCUGAAAUAGAUAGAAUGUUUGCACUGGAGAGUGAAUUAAAUAGACGCAGUGAAAUUAUGGGAAAUGCUGUCAGAAACACAGGUCUCUGAAAUCCACUAUUGUACCUGCUUUUUGCUUUGGAUUAUACCUCACCUGCUUCACCAGGCAUUUUACUUCAAGAUGACACCACUAACACUGAUCCAGGAAUUGACAGAAGAGGAAAUACAGCCGCAUCCCAAAGAGGAUUGCCAUCCCAAAGUGUACACAAAGACAGCGGAAGUAAUCUUAAAACAUUUUUCAGUUCAACUGUAUCUUCAGAUGUCAUGAGAAAAGCUUCAAAGCCAAGUAGAACUCUAAAGCAAGGUUUAGAAAACAUGGACGCUUUUGCUUCUAACUGGGGUAAAGGUGGAAAAGAACUUUUAAGAGAUUCAGGAGUUGAAGCGAGCAGCAUUGAAUAUUCUCAACACCACGAUAUUUCUCAAAUUUCCUCUGAGGAUACAUUGUAGUUCCCCGUCUACUUGUCCAGCCUAUUGACACCUCUAGGAACAUUAGAGAAAAUCUUGACUAACAGGACGCCAGGUUUUUGGAGGGGUUGUGUAAAUAUUGAUCAAUAUACUGUUUGAAAAUAAAUUCCUUCAGGUUGUGAAGAAUUUUGUUAAUAAAAAGAGUG